AUGUCUUCCUCAUCGCAUGAUAGUAGCACCAUAACGCCGGCGCUAGACCAGCUGCAGCCUCUGGAGCUAGACAACUACAUAGUCGCCAUAGGUCCAGGUCACGAGCAGUUUACUGGCACUCCCAGGGGUUAUAACGUCACGCACCUACCGCUUACUAUAUCCAGCGCGAUUGCUUCAGGUUACAUCAAGAAGAUCACAUGGGCUUCGUAUGGCUGCAAGGCCGAGUCCUGGUUCUUCGCCUUUGAGCUGGCAGAUGGAAACCCCAGUUUCGAACAUGGCGACGACAUCCCGCCUGCCUUGGUUUCAUUCAUCAGAAGUCUUCGAGGCUCCCAAGUCUUACUUGCUGCAUUGCGCGUACAGCUUGGAGCCAAUGAUUCCUUCGUGGCAUGGUCUAAGUCAGCCUGGGCUUGCGCAAACGUUCCCCCUCAGCUCCGAGCCAAAUUGCGUGAAGGUAGUUCUGCUUCUCUCGAGGGCGUCAUCACCAAGGGUUCGUUGAGGAACGGCACACUAGACAACGUCCAGUGGCACGCCAACGGAUCUUUCUACAUCAAGAGCAGACACCUUCAUCUGGUGAAUUUCCAGUCGAAGCUCAUGGAUUCGAAGUGGAAUGAGCUAUGGGAAGGUCUCACACGAAGCGAGCGGAUACGCAAGAUCAAUGGAGAACUUGCCUACGUGGCUAUCAACUCAUAUUCACGACAAGGAGAGACUUUUGUUUUCAUCAAGAAGCAGGUACAAGGCAAAGAGCCUCCCUUCAUCGUGAGCUUUGAAGGAGAGCCCGUGCACUCCAACCUGGCCAUCGGCACUCAGGCUACGGCUGAUCCAGUCACCGCUAGCAAGGGCCCUCACUCAGCUCAGCGCAACCGGCAGGCAUUCCCACUACCAAAAGAGACUUCUCUCCCAGACCGACGUAUCCAACAUGUUCCCCAGCAGCCAAAGGAGGACGUUCCUUUCCAGUGGGCAACCAGCAAGAAGUCAGGCCAACCUCACGCAAGUGACGGAUGGGAACUAAAGCUGACCAAGGGCAAGAAGGUCAAAGUGAUACGGGACAUGGGGCGUAGUUGGUUUCUGGUGAUUGGUGAACAAGGCCAACAGGGUUAUGUGCACGGCUCCUGGCUUGACUUUGGCGACGGAAAAGUGCACCAUGAUUCCAAGGCCGCUUACACGAAGUUCGGACAAGAUGUGGAGCUGCUGCAGCUAGUACCUGGUAGGCUGGUCAAGUUCCCCAACAUGGCCAGCUACGUAGACGAGUGUACACAGCCGGGAUGUCAACGACUUAAAGAGGACAACACCAAGUUGGGUAUCUGCAUCCACGACCUGGGAGAAUUGUUAAAGGCCUCGGAUAAGUAUUCCUACGAAUGGCUAAGGGAGGGGCGCAAUGUCUGGCACCCGGACAGGUUUGCCCGCUUUUGCCAUGCAGAGCAUGUGGACGAGAUGAAGCCUAUGGCAGAGCAGAUGUUCGUCAUGUACACCAAGCUCAUGGAUGUCUACAAGGUUUAG